ACCCUAACCAUCUCUCUCUCUCUCUCUCUCUCUCUUUCAAAACCAAAACCCAAUCUCAAAUCAAAAUCAAAAUCCAAAUCCCUCACAAAUUUUCUCAGGAAAAUCCAACGAAACAAACUGCUAUGGGUUCGAAAUCCAGGGCCGAUAACUCACACUCUGGCGAUGGUGCCAGCCCCGGGAAGAUCUUCAUUGGAGGAUUGCACAAAGAGACAAGCUUUGGGGCGUUUAGGAGUUACUUUGAGAAAUACGGAGAAAUAACAGAUGCAGUGAUAAUGAGAGAUCGGUAUACUAAUCAGCCUAGGGGUUUUGGGUUCGUCACUUAUGCUGAUCCUUCAGUAGUUGACAAGGUCAUUGAAGACACCCAUAUCAUCAAUGGCAAACAGGUUGAGAUAAAGAGGACCAUUCCCAAAGGCCAAGGGCAGUCAAAGGAUUUCAAAACAAAGAAGAUAUUUGUUGGUGGGAUUCCAUCAUCAGUCACUGAAGAUGAGUUGAAGAAUUUCUUUUCCAAGUAUGGGAAGGUGGUGGAACACCAGAUCAUACGUGAUCAUGAAACUCAUCGUUCCCGAGGUUUUGGAUUCGUUAUUUUUGACAAUGAUGAAGUUGUAGAUGAAAUGUUAACAAAGGGAAAUAUGAUUGAUAUGGCGGGUACCCAGGUGGAGAUCAAGAAAGCUGAACCAAAGAAAGCCUCAAACCCACCACCUGCUCCAGCAUAUGGUAGCAACUCUAGGUCUCGUUCUUUCAAUGAUGGCUUUGGUGGUUUUGGCAGUUCUUAUGGAGGUUUUGAUGGAGGGUUUGGUCCAGGUCCCUAUAGGACUCCAGGAGGUCUUGGCAGUAGGCUUGGUGGUGGUGGUGGUGGAUAUGGUUAUGGCAGUGGUAGUGGCGAAUAUGGUGGUGGUUAUGGGGGUUUUGGAGCCAGUAGCUUAGGUGGCUACCGUAGUGAAUCUUCACUUGGUUAUUCUAGUCGCUUUGCACCUUAUGGUGGCGGUUUUGGUGGCAGUUAUGGAAGUGGUUUAGGUGGAUAUGGUCGAGGGAGUGAAGGCUAUGGAAGUUAUGGAAGUUCAGGCUAUGGUGCUGGUUAUGACUCCGGGCCUGGCGCUAGUUAUGGUGGAGCAGGUGGGCUGUAUGGAAGGGGAGGCUAUAGUGGCACUAGUCGCUACCAUCCCUAUGCGAGGUAGAAUUGAAAGGCACUAGUAUCUUCCCUAUGCGACAUAGAAAUGGAGAGGUUUUCAUGCAGUUGCUUAAUCCUUGCCCUAGAAGUUUCACACAGGCUCCUCUAGUUUUGUUUCUCCUGCAUUCAUAGGCACUUUCUCACAACUACUAAAGGCUAUUACAACUAGUGGGGAAGCUUUGAAGGAUUGGAAGAGUUUUUAUUAGACUUUCUUCUAUUGUAUGGUUUAGACAAACUUAUAGAUUGCUUCAGAGUAGUGCUUGGUGUCUACUAUGGCUGUCAUAUUUUAGUUUAAUUUCAUUUUAGCAUGUUAUGUAGACUAUUAGACUAUAGCUUACUUAUGCGGUGUUUGUUAUCA